CCAUACAAAUAUUUAAACGAUAUCGACAAGAAUAUGAUGAAACAACAAUAACCGAAAUCCAAAUAAUGUAUCGUAUGCAUUUAUUAUCUAUAUUUGGUUUUUAUUCCAAUUUAUUAAUUAAAUUCGUUUCAUUAAUAAAACCAUAUCAAAAUAUGAAUCAUUUUUUCGAUUUUAUACAAUUAUUUAAUGAUAAUAAAUGUAUUUUAGCUGUUAAUAUAACAACAACGACGACGAAAAUUGAGAAUUUAAUUGAAUCAUUAUUAAAACUUAUUCAUAAAUGUUUAGUUUGUUUGGGAGAUCUUAGUAGAUAUUUAAGUGAAUAUGAUGGAUGUAUACAAACAGCAGAGAAAUAUUAUACAAUGGCGGUAUUACUUGAUCCAGAAAUUGGUAUGCCAUUAAAUCAAUUGGGAACAUUAUGUGGUCGAUCGAAUGUUAAUUGUGAUGCAGCUUUUUUCUAUUUACUUUGUUUGAGUACAACACAUCCAUUUGAUGGUGCAAAAGAUAAUUUACAGAUGCUUUUCGAACGAAAUGAAAGACGAUUUUUAGAAUUUAAUAAACAACAGGCGAAAAAUCGAAAUGAUAAAACAAGUAAUCGUGAAAUUCGUCGUUUUCUUGUUGAAUUUUUACAUGUUACUCAUCAAUUACUUGAAUCGAACAAUAUUGGUCAAAUUCAAGAAUUAGGUCAACAGACAUUAAAUGAUUUUAAUGCUUGUAUGUUUUAUCAAAAUGAUUCAUUACUUUCUGAUGAUCUUGUUUUUAAAUUAUUAUCAAUAUCAAUGAUGCUUGUUGAUCGGAUUCAACGUACACGUAGUCGAACAGUUAAACAAACAAUACUUUUUGCUGGUAUUGCUUUUGCUGUUGCUCUAUUUUCACAUGUUGUUAAUCAUACAAUUAUUCGUUUACAAAAUGCUUUUUAUCAAUUACAUGAUGCUCGAACUAAAACGAAUGAAAGUGAUUCGGAAGAAGAAGAAGAACGUCGACAGGCAGAAGCAAAAGAAAAACGACGUCGAAUGAAAAUGGUAUUAUCACGACGUCGUCGACAAAGUGCAUCAUCAUCUGAUAAAAGUGAUCAAAGUGAACGUUCAGAAUCAAAUGAACGAUAUCAACGACGAGAUGAUUCAUCAGAUGAUUAUAGAUCCGAAGAUGAAAUACCAGAUUAUCUUUCUGGAGGUUCAUCAACUGAUGAUGAUAAUGAAGAACAGAAGAAACAAGUUAUUCGAGAUGAAAAAGAUAAAGAAGCUGAAGGUUAUUUAUUACUUUUGUUUUUUGCUGUUUUAAAUACCGUUUUGUCUCAUAUAGAAUUAGCAAUUAAAGUUGCACUUGAUGAAUUUAUGGAAAAAAUUAAACAAAGUGGUGCUGUUUUUCAUGAUAAUAAUGAUUCACAAACAACACUUUUUUCAUUUACUGAUUUAUCAACACAUUUAUUUGCUGCAUUUGCUUCACAUGAUUGUCCAUCACCAUUAUUUCUUGAUCAAAAUUCAUCAGAUGAUGAUCCAUAUUCAACAUCAACAUACAAUUAUGAUCAACCAUUUAAAUCUAUUUUUAUUGGAAAUAAACAAAUCAAUGUACCACCAGGAUUUGAACAUAAUAGUGAUGCUUUAGCAGCAGCAGAAAUUGAACAAAAAAUGGCGGAAUUUGAACUUGAACCUAUUAUGGAUAAUACAACAAGUGAACAACAAAAUAUUGAUAAUGAUCAAACUACUCGUUAUCAUGGUACAAAAUUAAUCCUUGAAUUAUUAGAAAACGAAUAUUUACUAUCUGCCAUAAAAACUUUUUGUGAUUGGCUUGCUGGAAACAAACGUUUACUUCAAAUGCUAUUACCGAUAUCUCCUGGUCUAUGGUCAAAAUUAGCAUUAUUAUUAAAUUUUUUACCUCAUGAACGUGAUAUUAUCAAAAGUGGUAUGUUUAAUCCGAUCGCAUUCAUUUAG